AUGAAUGAGUUAGGCUUAGCUGAUCAAGAAGGCAGUUGUUGGGGAAGGAUGGGCCGGAAAAGGGCUAGUUAUGAUGAUACAGUUGGUUACAAAUCAAAGAACCUUCAUGCAGAAAGAAGGAGAAGAGAGAAGCUGAGUAACAGGCUCUUGACAUUGCGUGCACUAGUCCCUAUUAUCACAAAUAUGAACAAGGGCACCAUAAUUGAGGAUGCAAUUACUUACAUCCAAGAGCUGAAGAAAAAUGUGGAGUCUCUUACUGACAUGCUUCAAGAAAUGGAAGCAUCAUCGUCGGAAGAGGAAUUCAAGACAAAGGUUAAUGAGAUUGAUGCUUCUGAGGAAAUGAAGCAGUGCGGGAUUAAGGAAGAUGUUCAGGUGACUAACAUCGAAGGGGAUAAGCUCUGGAUCAAGAUUAUCCUGGAGAAGAAGAGAGGCGGGUUCGCUAGAUUGAUGGAGAAAAUGGCUUGCUUUGGCUUGGAACUCAUUGACAGCAAUGUCACUACCUCUAAAGGAGCAAUGCUUGUUACAGCCUGUGUUGAGGGUGCUUUCGGCGAUACUCUUACAGUUCAGCAGACCAAGGAACUGUUGACACAGAUCAUCAAAGGAUUACCGCAGCAACCUGCAGCUCCAAGUCCAGCACCAUCUGAAGGUGGGGUGGCAAUCCCUGCAAGUCCCUGGAUCAGGCGGAUAGCAAGACAUCAUUCUGAUAAGUCUGAAGCUGGGGGAGAUGUGAUUCUUGGUGGAUUCUUGGUAGCCAUUGUUGCAGUGGUUUUGUGUUACAUUCGUGUCACGAGACGAAACCAAAUCCGGGAUGCCUGA